UGUCCACUAAAGCUGUUGUGGUUAUUGACACAGUGGAAUAUCCACAGCAUGGAUCAAUAAAUAGUGAGUUGGACAUCUUGGUCUAUUCAUCUCGCCUUUUCAAUUCCAAUCAUCUUCCUUCUAUCAUAUCGCUUAUACAAUUCCUGCAUCUCAAUUUUCAGUCACAAUGACAUCCAAAGAAGCCGUUGAAGCCAGGCUUAUAGGUUCCUUCCCAAGCCGCUUCGUUGGCGCAAUGCCAGUGUGCCAGUUUCUUGACUUCCUGCCUGAGACAGACGGUCGUCCAGCGACGCCCAAGGUGGUGUCACAAGAAGAGCUUUUGGCGUUACUGCGUAAAUUCACCACCAAUUUUGAUCUUGUCGACACCUCCGGUUGUCCUGACCCCUCUGUCGUCGUGGGUGGGUAUGAAUUCCAACCAACCGUGGGGUUAUACAAAAGUGAAAGCACUCGAAACGGAGUGACAGAUAUGUCUACGAUGGAGGCAUGGAUCAUCAUCAAGCCUUCCGUACAACAAGACCCCUUCAUCGACCCGCCGUCAAAUGAGGACUUCACUGCACCGAUACCUUGUCCUGAGGAGGACCUGCUGCCAUAUUGGGACACUAAAAGAGACUACUAUCCCAAGUUCGAGUCCUCUGACAAGCAGUCCAUCUCAACGCGCGCGCAUAUGGUGGCGUGCACCAAUGCCUUCUUCGAAACACAGUUCCGCCGCUUUGGAUUUUCUAUCCUCAUCUGUGGCUCCCGAGCACGUUUUGUGUACUGGGACCGCGCUGGUGCUGUCGUGUCUCGGCGGUUCGACUACACGAGAAAUUUCAUCCUAUUGACUGAGUUCCUAUGGAGGCUCAAUCGUGCGUCGCCUGGGGAUCGCGGUGUCGACAUGUCUGUGGUUCCCACUUCCCUUCCAGACUCUCAAGACAGCGCUAUUCGGGAGUUACUGGGUGUUGGGAGUUCCGACCCUCUGUAUGGAUACAUCGUUCCCGUCGAUACUGCCUUCCAAAACCCCAAAGACGCGGAAGGCCGUCCUUUACCAACUCAUCACUUUUACGUCGGCCCACGUCCCGCCCCAAAGCAGUGCGGCCUACUCGAGCAACGAACUCGUAGCUUCCAUGUGUGGGACGUUGCGCAGAAGAGAGUCGUUUUCUUCAAGGAAACUUGGAGACUUCAUUCCCAAGGUACCAGCACGGAAUCGGAAGUAUACAGGGAACUACACUCUCGUCGCAUUCCCAACAUCCCGACCUUUGAGCACGGCGGUGACAUGUCUGCCCUCGGAACAAAAACGAUCACCCACUUAUUCAACGAGGCUUGGUGGUGCUGUACACCCAACCACAAGGCACGCCUCCCGCUCGUACAACAUCGAAUCAUCCUUGGUAAUAUUGAACGGAACCUGAGCACGUUCAAGACGCCCAAAGAAUUUCUGACUGUAUUCAAGGAUGCUCUCACAGGCGAGUUUCAUCUCCACUUCUCAACUCACGAGAGUGCUUACAAAUAUCUUGGUCUUCUGCAUCGGAACAUCAGUAUGGAGAACAUUGGCAUCACCAGUGAGGGGUGCGGGCUUCUCAUGGGCUGGGAGUGCUGCUCUCCCGAAUCGCGCAAAGAGCUAUUGGAAAUCCAGAUGGGAACUCCACCCUUUAUGUCUGGUGCUUUGUUGGACCAAAGUACCCAGGACAAGCACCAUGUGCUGGCGGAUGAUUUGGAAUCCUUCCUGCACGUUAUGAUAUACACUAUGGUCCGAUACCUCCCCAAUGCGACGAACGUCGAGGACAGGAACACCUUGCUCCAAAUAUUUGACGAGGAGUAUGUCAUCGAUGAGGGGGGACGGGCCAUAGGUGGCUCGCGCAAGAGGAAAUACCUUGCUGACCUUGACUUUCCCAUUGUCAAAAAAUUCACGGCGCCCCCCAAGAUCACUACGCUACUGCGGGAGCUAUGCGAUUUGUUCCUCAUUCGAUACAACUCUACUCUCCGGUUCAUGGAGCGCCACACCCCCGAGACACGAUUUAAGACGCGAAGCGAUCUUUUGGCCUGCCACCGCGAGAUGAUGGCAUACGUGAACUUAUCAGUUCCCUCGUGCGAAGAUUGGCCCGACAUAGAUAUUAGUGCUUUCUACACCAUCAGGCCGGCGAAUAGAUAUGGCUUCUGA